UGCAUGUCAAUAAGAUAAAGAAGAAGAAGGCCACUUCUUCUUCUUUAUCUUAUUGAACAUCAUGACCACUUCCUUCUUGCGACCUGUGGACGCACACAUUUCUACUUGUUCACUUACUCCAAUAUGAGUCUGAAGACCGGGUUGGUGGUCCUCCUUCUCUGCAUGCCAGGGCUGCUCAGUGCUGAGUGGGGGGGGACCUAUACUGAGAAGGAGAUCUGUGCAUUUAAAGGAUCCACUGUAAAGCUUCGGUGCGACUUUGAGUUCCCGCCCACAGAAGGCGGGCGUGAGAUCAUGGUCAAGGAAACAUUUUGGUUCACCAAAGAUCCAAAGAAAGAUCUGAGACUGGACCCUGAGUACUUUGGUGGUGUGCAGUCUGAGUGUCAUGGCAACAUCUGCAGUCUGACCAUCGCAGACGUGAGACGGAGUGACGAGUACACGUUCAGAUUCACAACUGACCAUUCCAGAGGAGACUUCAUCGUCACGCCUGGUGUCAAAGUGACCGUCACUGAUCUGAAAGUAAAAGUGCCCUCAAGUACCAGGAUUGAAGAUCGCAAACAUUGGUAUGAUCUGAAGUGUGUCAGCGACACCUGCAGUCCUAGGUCUCCUUCUUCAUACGUCUGGUAUAAGAAUGGAGAGGGAAUCCCAAAUGCAAAGUCCCAAGUGUACUCAGUAGAGUAUGUGUACAAAAACAGUUACUCCUGUGCUGUGAGAGGACACGAGCAAGCUGUGUCUCCUCCAGAGUGUGUGUGGUACUGGUUAUGUAAGAAGGUGGUUUACCACAAGAGACACAUCUGUGCCAUCCAAGGAUCAUCAGUGGACAUUACCUGUGAAUACACGAGCUAUGGAAAUACCCUGACAAAAUUCUGGUACCGUACAGAUUCUAGUCACCGGAGGAACCCCUCCAUGACUGAAGAUUUGCGGUCAGACCCUCAGUGUGAAGGUCGUCUUGAGUUACCUUCAGAGUCUUAUAAAACAAGCACACUGAGAAUAAAAGAUGUGAGGCAGAGUGAUUCUGCCGAGUACCGCUUCAAAUUCACCACUGAUGAUGGUUUUGAAUGGAGGAGUAUUUUAUCUGGAAGCACCUUGACAGUCACAGCUGUGCAGGUGCAGGUGAUGUCAGUCAGAGUUGAAGAUUCUCACCUUGUUGCACAAAUGUUGUGUCACACAAGCUGCCUUCCAGAAGCUCCUUUGUCUUUUGUGUGGCAGAAGAAUGGAGUGAAUAUAAAGUCUGGAACCAAAGGAGAAUUCACCUUGUCACCUGGAGACUACAUCACCUGUGCUGCACAACAACAUCAACAUAUCAGCAUCUCUCCUCGCCUGUAUGUUCUGAAAAGACCCUCAGUGUCUCUGAGUCAUGCUGGUGACAUAUUGGAGGGUCGUCCCCUGACACUGACCUGCGACAUCGACAACUUUGACAAUUCCUCAGCAACAGUUGAUUACUGCUGGUCCAAUGAGAAGAAUGUGUUUUCAGAUGAUGAAGUCCUCAGUAAGGGUCGACAACUGGUCUUCAAGUCCAUCAAGUCUUCAGACUCAGCAGAGUAUUGGUGUACUGUGGAGAACCAGCUGGGGAAGAAGACAUCAGAACCCGUUCGCAUUGACGUCCAACGAAUGUCCUGGAGAACGAUAAACAUCAUCAGGCUGUUCUGUUCUGCUGUUGUGGUCGUGGGCAUCCUGAUCAUACUGACUCUGGGAUUCAGGACGACAACGUCUCCCUCAUCCACCGCAAAUCCAAAUGAGCUCGUCCAGCCUGCAGAGCAGCUGGAUGUUGGCGACUAUGACGAUAUUGAUGCAGAAGACGCGCUAUGUAAAAGAGAAAUUGCUCAUUCCAAACUGCGGACUUCCUUGCUCUCCGCUAGCCGGGAACUUAGCUGCGGGAGUGGGCUGCUCAGUGCUGAGUGGGGGGGGACCUAUACUGAGAAGGAGAUCUGUGCAAUUAAAGGAUCCACUGUAAAGCUUCAGUGCGACUUUAAGUUCCCGCCCACAGAAGGCGGGCGUGAGAUCAAGGUCAAAGAAACAUUUUGGUUCACCAAAGAUCCAAAGAAAGAUCCGAGACUGGACCCUCAGUACUUUGGUGGUGUGCAGUCUGAGUGUCAUGGCAACAUCUGCAUUCUGACCAUCGCAGACGUGAGACGGAGUGACGAGUACACGUUCAGAUUCACAACUGACCAUUCCAGAGGAGACUUCAUCGUCACGCCUGGUGUCAAAGUGACCGUCACUGAUCUGAAAGUACAAGUGUCCUCAAGGCCCAGGUAUGAAGAUGGCAAACAUUGGUAUGAUCUGAAGUGUGUCAGCGACACCUGCAGUCCUAGGUCUAAUUCUUCAUACGUCUGGUAUAAGAAUGGAGAGGAAAUCCAAAAUGCAAAGUCCCAAGUGUACACAGUAGGGCAUGACUAUGAAAAUAGUUACUCCUGUGCUGUGAGAGGACACGAGCAAGCUGUGUCUCCUCCAGAGUGUGUUGUGGACUGGUUUUGUAACAAGGUGGUUUACCACAAGAGACACAUCUGUGCCAUCCAAGGAUCAUCAGUGGACAUUACCUGUGAAUACACGAGCUAUAGAAAUACCCUGACACAAUUCUGGUACCGUACAAAUUCUAGUCACUGGAGGAACCCCUCCAUGACUGAAGAUCUGCGGUCCGACCCUCAGUAUGAAGGUCGUCUUGAGUUACCUUCAGAGACUACUAAAAAAAGCACACUGAGAAUAAAAGAUGUGAGGCAGAGUGAUUCUGCCGAGUACCGCUUCAAAUUCACCAUUGAUGGUUUUGAAUGGAGGAGUACUUUACCUGGAAGCACCUUGACAGUCACAGGUAUGAACACACCUGACCAAACAUGCCCAAUAAUACAACUAUAUUACAAUGAAUACUUUGGAUUAGAUUUGAAUGCGGCUGUGCAGGUGCAGGUGAUGUCAGUCAGAGUUGAAGAUUCUCACCUUGUUGCACAAAUGUUGUGUCACACAAGCUGCCUUCCAGAAGCUCCUUUGUCUUUUGAGUGGCAGAAGAAUGGAGUGAAUAUAAAGUCUGGAACCAAAGUAGAAGUCACCUUGUCACCUGGAGACUACAUCACCUGUGCUGCACAACCACAACAUCAACAUAUCAGACCCUCUCGUCGCCUGUAUGUUCUGAAAAGACCCUCAGUGUCUCUGAGUCAUGCUGGUGACAUAUUGGAGGGUCGUCCCCUGACACUGACCUGCGACAUCGACAACUUUGACUACUCCUCAGCAACAGUUGAUUACUGCUGGUACAAGAAGAAGAAUGUGUCUUCAGAUGAUGAAGUCCUCAGUAAAGGUCGACAACUGGUCUUCAAGUCCAUCAAGUCUUCAGACUCAGCAGAGUAUUGGUGUACUGUGGAGAACCAGCUGGGGAAGAAGACAUCAGAACCCGUCCUCAUUGAUGUCCAAUAUCCUCCCAGGCCGUCCUCUAUGUCUAUCCAGGAGGGACAAUUCGGGACUAUGAGCUGCAGCAGCGAUGCUAACACAACCGCCAGCUACACCUGGUACAAGGACAACAUGUCUUCUCCUCUGGCGUCAGGUCAGACGCUGACCAUCAAAGACAUCAGUCCAGGUCAGACGCUGACCAUCAAAGACAUCAGUCCAGGUCAGACGCUCGCCAUCAGGAACUUCACAGAGCAGGGUGGCCAUGAUUACUACUGUGAGGCCAACAACAGCAGGGGGCGCCACAUCAUUGGUGUGCAUGUGAGCGUAAAUGGUAGGACACCUCAUGUCCAAAACAUAUCUGUGUCUCCUGAAGACAUCUACUGUAUGUCCAUGUGUAGGAAUGUCCUGUAG